AUGUCCGACGAAGACGAGGAGCGGGACAGAUUUAGACCGCUGGCGCUUGACCAGGAGGAGACCAAGUCAUGCUUCACGGAAUACUCGAUGAGUAGUAGCGUGAUCUGGAGGAACGAGCUCUGUACGAAGUGGCGUAGCAUCAACCCGAAAACUGGCCUGCCGAUGAACGUGCUCGGUGCGACCGUCAGGGUCAAGUCGCCCGGUCCCAUCGGCCGGUGCAACGGCAGUGUAAUCUCCACGCUGAGCGUGUUGUCGAUCCGGCCAAAAGACGAAUCGCCCGAGGAGCAAGAAACUGCUGAAGGAGUACCGCGUGGAGCGGCGAAUAGAGCGCAAGGUCAACACGCUCACGGUCAAGGAUGAGGAGAAGCAGCAGGAGAAGAGACAACUGAACAGCCGCGUCAACGCGGGCGUAAGGAUCGAAUUUGUGAAGGACACGAACACACACACACAUACACUUACACACACUAAAUUUAUGGAAUACAUUGUUAAAUCAAA